UGCAGUUUCUCACUGCCUUGCCUCUAACACCUGCUCAGGGUCCAAAGGUGGCUGCCAAAAACUGAAAUAUCACACUGCGCCCACAUUCCUGAGGGCAAGAUGCAAAAUGUGGCGGUUUGGGAAAGGACUAUUGGGUAAAAAUCCACUGAAACUCUUCUUUUUUUCCAGGCAUGCCAGGUGUCUCAUCAUUUUCAGCUUCUGCCUGGGACUUUCCUGCCUCUCAGGAUUCUUCCAUAUGAGGAGCAAGAGUUACAGGAUCUCAAAGAGCCACGAGGAGCUGCUGGUCCCUCCCACGCCGUGCCAUGCCAGGACAAACGUCAUGUUCCUCAAAACCCACAAGACUGCCAGCAGCACCAUGCUCAACAUCAUGUUCAGGUUUGCAGAGAGGCACAACCUCACUGUGGCCCUCCCUGCUGAUCAGCUUCUCCACCUGGGCUACCCAAGCACUUUCAUGGCCCACUUCGUGGAGGGCUUUGAAACCACGGGCCAGAAUUACAACAUCAUGUGCAAUCACCUGAGGUUUAACCCCUUGGAGGUGAAAAAGGUGAUGGCAGCCAACACCUUCUACUUCUCCAUCCUGAGGAACCCCAUCCCUCUGCUGGAGUCUUCCUACAUCUACUACAAGGACUAUGUGCCUGCCUUCAGGAGCUCCAAGGACGUGAACGAGUUCCUGGAGUCCCCCACGAGGUAUUACCAGCCAGCAGAUCACAGGAGGAACAUCUACGCCAGGAACAUCAUGUGGUUUGACUUCGGCUACGACAACAACGCCGACGACGACGCCAACUACACGCAGGCUGUCCUGGAGCAGAUCGAGCACAACUUCCACCUCAUCCUGAUCGCAGACUACUUUGAUGAGUCCAUGAUCCUCCUGAAGCACACUUUGUGCUGGGACCUGGACGAUGUGAUUUACUUCAAGCUCAAUUCCAGGAGCCAGGACACCGUCCAGACGCUGACUCCAGAAAGCGAGGAGCAGAUAAAAGCCUGGUGCUCGCUGGACUGGAAGCUCUACCUGCACUUCAACCAGAGCUUCUGGAGGAGGAUUGAGGAGACCAUAGGGCUGGAGGUGCUGGAAAAGGAGGUGGAUCACCUGCGGAGCAGACAGAAGGAGCUCAUGGAGACUUGUCUGUCAGAGCAGGAGGCAGUGAGGAAGGACCACAUCAGGAAUAAAGCUCUCCUGCCUUACCAGUCAGGGGCUGCAAAUAUCCUGGGCUACAACCUCAAACAAGACUUGGACAACACAACUCUGAGAACCUGCCAGAAAAUGGUCAUUCCAGAGCUCCAGUACACCUCCUACCUUUAUGCUGUCCAACACCCUCACAAGAAGAGGAAAGAUGUGGGACUGCCAUUGCUGUGGACCAGUCUCCAGGAGAAGAUGCAGCUCCCAGGGUCCAACUAGGACAUGUGGCAACCCACUGUGGCUUCCCAGGGCUUUGCAUCCCCUCUUGUCUGACAUGGAACUGCCCCACAGGACCCUUGUGCAUGAGGGGGAGCCACUGGGGGCUUUGUUGAGGGACACCAAGUUGGUGGUUGAUCUCUUUUUGGGGACCUUGAGCCAAAGGCUUUGCAUUUUCCAGGUGAUCCCACCUGGCUGCUCCUGGCUGGAGGGAGCCCGGCUGGCUGCAGCUG